CAGCAUAAUGCACUGUCCAGGCCACCAGAAAGGAAAUCACCCAGAGGCAAGGGGAAACCGCCUAGCCGACCAGACAGCCAGGGACAUUGCCUCCAAGAGUCAGGUUCUGACUAUGCAAAUGGACCCUGAACGCCAGAGACGGGAAGCCAUCAGAGACUACACCCCAGAGGACAGAGAGUUACUCGAGAAAAUUGGGGCUUUCAACAACCCAGAGACUGGCUACUGGGAGUACCAAGGAAAAACCGUCUUGCCUCAGCGAUCGGUGGAAGAGCUCCUGGACGAGCUCCACAAAUGGACCCACUUGGGAGUGAACAAGAUGAGAAAACUGAUUGAGAGGGAAGAAACAAUCCUCUAUCUGCUAAACAAAGAUGCCAUCCUACAAAGAAUUGUUAAGAACUGUAAGGCCUGUGCCCAGGUAAACUGGGGCAAAAAUAAAGCUUCAGGAGGAGUCAGACAAAGAGGCCACAGGCCAGGAGUCCACUGGGAAGUGGACUUUACUGAGGUUAAACCAGGAAUGUAUGGCUAUAAAUAUUUGUUAGUUUUCAUUGACACUUUUUCAGGAUGGCCAGAAGCCUACCCGACCAAGCAAGAAACUGCAAGGGUGGUAUCCAAGAAGCUAUUAGAUGACAUCUUUCCCCGAUUUGGGAUGCCACAGGUAAUAGGGUCAGAUAACGGACCAGCCUUUGUCUCCCAGGUAAGUCAGAAGGUGGCCAGGUUACUGGGGAUUGAUUGGAAGUUACAUUGUGCCUACCGGCCCCAGAGUUCAGGUCAGGUAGAGCGAAUGAAUAGAACCAUUAAGGAGGCUCUAACUAAAUUCUCGCUGGCAACUGGCACUAAAGACUGGGUUACUCUGCUGCCUUUGGCAUUAUACCGGGCCAGGAACACUCCUGGGCCCAGUGGGUUAACUCCGUUUGAAAUCCUGUAUGGGACCCCUCCCCCUGCAGUUUCCUUCUUAGACCCGGAUAUCUCUGACUUUGUUGAUUCACCUUCCCUCUUUGCUCACCUGAAGGCACUCCAGCUGGCUCACCAGGAGAUCUGGAAGCCCCUAGCUGCAGCCUAUCAGGAUGCUAUUGACACUCCUAUUGCACCCCACCCCUUCCAGCCCGGGGACGCUGUCUGGGUCCGGAGGCAUCAGACUCGGAGCCUAGAACCACGCUGGAAAGGACCAUACACUGUCCUCCUCACCACGCCCACAGCUCUCAAGGUCGACGGGGUUGCAGCCUGGGUCCACGCCUCCCACGUUAAGGCAGCCGAUCCGGCUCACCAGGAACCCCCCAGAGAAGGACAAUGGCAGCUGGCGCGGACUACCAACCCCCUAAAGAUAAGACUGGUCAAAGAAAAAUGCUAAUCAUGUUACUCUGGGUACAUCUAUUUACAUAUGAGUUUGCUCACAGUAAUGAGAGCCCCCAUAGAGCUGUGCCAACCACCUGGC